CUGGGUGAAGGAGCUUAUUUGCAAGCUGGCUUUGGAGCAAAUAGCAUUCUCACACAGACGUGCGCAUCGUGGAGGAAGGAUCCCUCGGCAGCCGGUGAAGAACCCAGUCGCUUAGGGGGGAACGACCACAUACAGCCGCCAAGAUGUGUGACAUGGGGGGACUGGAUAACCUGGUGGCCAACACGGCCUACCUAAAAGCCCAGGGUGGCGACGACAAGGAGAUGAAAAAGCGCCGUCGGAGCUUGUCUCUUCCAAAACCCGAGGCAUGCGCCGCGGUACGAGCUGCCAUCGAAAAGGACUUUACAAGUAUAUGUGAAAGACAGCCCAUUGGGAAAAAAUUUUUCCGUGAGUUCCUGGCAAGUAACCCCGACUUCAAGAACGCAGCUGACUUCCUGGAUGACUUGUAUGACUGGGACCUGGCCGAAGGGUCAGUCAAAGACAAGGCGCGCCAGAGCAUCAUGACCAAGUACUGCAAGGCUGACUCCAAGACCUUCCUGGCCUUCCUCACCGGGGAGGCCGCCGAGAAGUGCAAGACCGUCACGGACGCCAACUUUGAAGAUGUGAUGAAAACCAAGGUCCAGGAGGGCGUGAGAGAUUUUCUGAAAGACAAACCCUUCACAGACUUCCAGGCCAGCCCGUUCUUUGAUAAAUUCCUGCAGUGGAAAGAGUACGAGAAGCAGCCCAUCAGCGACAAAUACUUUUAUGAAUUCCGAACUCUGGGAAAAGGAGGCUUCGGCGAGGUAUGUGCUGUUCAGGUGAAGAACACAGGCCAGAUGUAUGCCUGCAAGAAGCUGUGUAAAAAGCGGCUGAAGAAGAAGGGAGGCGAGAAGAUGGCCCUGCUGGAGAAGAAAAUCCUGGAGAAGGUCAACAGCUUGUUUCUGGUCAACUUGGGCUACGCCUACGACACCAAGACCCACCUGUGCCUUGUCAUGACCCUGAUGAAUGGAGGAGAUCUCAAGUAUCACAUUUACAACAUUGGUUAUGAUGGCAAAGGCGCGGACAAGGGCAUCGAGAUGAAGCGCAUCAUCCACUACACGGCGCAGAUCACCACCGGCAUCCUGCACCUGCACGACAUGGAUAUUAUCUACCGCGACAUGAAGCCAGAGAACGUAUUGCUGGACAGCCAAGGCCAGUGCCGACUUUCAGACUUGGGUCUGGCUAUCGAGAUUUCUAAAGAGAAGACCGUCACCCAGAUGGCCGGUACCGGGGCCUACAUGGCUCCUGAGAUCCUGACGAAAACCCCAUACAGGACAUCGGUGGACUGGUGGGCCCUGGGCUGCAGUAUCUACGAGAUGGUGGCUGGCUACACCCCCUUCAAAGGCCCCGAAAGCAAGAAGGAGAAGGUGGAGAAGGAGGAGGUGCAGCGGCGCAUCAUUAACGAGGAGCCAAAGUGGGAGCACAAGUGCUUCGAUGCGCCGACCAAAGACAUCAUCCAGCUCUUCCUCAAGAAGAAAAUUGAGGAGCGCCUGGGCAUGAGGAACAACAUGGAGGAUCCCAGGAAACACGAGUGGUUCAAGUCCAUCAACUUCCCCAGGCUGGAAGCAGGGCUGGUGAACCCCCCCUGGGUCCCCAAGCCCAACGUCGUCUACGCCAAGGACACUGGCGACAUCGCCGAGUUUUCCGAGAUCAAGGGCAUCGAGUUUGACGCCAAGGACGAUAAAUUCUUUAAGGAGUUCAGCACAGGCGCUGUACCCAUCCAGUGGCAGCACGAGAUGAUUGAGAGCGGACUCUUCGACGAGCUCAACGAUCCCAACAGGAAGGAGGGCGGAGGAGGCUUCGAUGAUGAGAAGAAAUCCGGCACAUGUAUAGUGCUGUGAGCAGCCACAUUAGAUAUCAGUUACCGGG